AUGAGCACCAUUCAAAACAUCAAGAACUUUAUCCGUCACGGGAAACAAGCUCGUCUGGUGACCCCCCACUCGGAACCAACCACUGACGUGUCCACCAUUCACGCCGAACAGCAACCACACCAAGGCCAAUUCUCCCCUGCACUUGGUUCUUUAGAUCCUGAUCUCAGGGGAAAUGGUCCUGCUGGAUCCCAGAAAAAGUCAGAAUCUGAAGUCCGUCGUGAACGCUCCUUGGAGAUCGAACGGUUGGUACAAGAGGAAAACGUAAGCCGGUCGAAGAUGCCAAACUACCCAGGUCUGGAACGAUGGAUUCUCGUGGAGAAGAUGGGCGAUGGAGCCUUCAGCAAUGUCUUUCGCGCCAAGGAUACUACAACAGAAUACGGAGAGGUGGCGAUCAAGGUGGUGCGGAAAUUUGAAAUGAACAGCAAUCAGCGUGCGAAUAUCCUCAAGGAAGUCCAGAUUAUGCGCAACCUCGAUCACCCCAACAUCACCAAGUUGAUCGAUUUCUCCGAAUCCCGACAAUAUUACUACAUCAUCCUGGAGCUCUGCCCCGGAGGCGAGCUCUUCCACCAAAUCGUGCGAUUGACCUAUUUCAGCGAGGAUCUUAGCCGACACGUAAUUACCCAAGUCGCCGAAGCCAUUGAAUACCUUCACGAGACAUCUGGCGUUGUUCAUCGUGACAUCAAACCAGAGAACUUGCUUUUCUAUCCGACCCCAUUCGUCCCCAGCAAAGGCCAGAAGCCCCAGCAACCCGGUGACGAAGAAAAGGAGGAUGAAGGAGAAUUUAUUCCAGGAGUUGGGUCAGGUGGCAUUGGUAAGAUCAAGCUUGCCGACUUUGGUUUGUCCAAGGUGAUCUGGGACAGCCAGACCAUGACACCUUGUGGAACGGUUGGUUACACUGCGCCAGAAAUUGUGAAGGAUGAGCGGUACUCGAAGAGUGUCGAUAUGUGGGCUAUGGGCUGUGUUCUCUACACCUUGCUGUGUGGUUUCCCUCCUUUCUAUGACGAGAGCAUCCAGGUUCUCACCGAGAAGGUUGCAAGAGGCCAAUACACUUUCCUAUCGCCCUGGUGGGAUGAUAUUUCCAAGUCGGCGCAAGAUCUGAUCUCACACUUGUUGACCGUGGACCCUGAGAAGCGUUAUACUAUCAAGGAAUUCCUCGCACACCCAUGGAUCCGCCAAACCGACGAAGAAACAACUGCCGCCGCCGACGCUCCCCCUCUGGCGACUCCAAUGGGCCCUGUCCGCGCCAAUGUCGAUCAUCUCGGUCCCAUGGGCGCCGACCAAGCACCUUACCAGCCCGCCAGCUCCAGACUACUGGAUAUCCCUUCCGUUGCUUCAGAGCGUCGCAUGGACUUCCGCUCCCCCGGUGCAUUCAACUUGCGUGAGGUCUUUGAUGUUGGAUAUGCUGUCCACCGCCAGGAGGAGGAAACCAAGCGCCGCCGGAAUGUCCGCCAGGCUGCCCGCAACAACCCCACCGCUGGAUUCCAGUCCGCUCUGGGUUCGCUGAACGAAGGUUACGACGAAGAGAUUGAUUACCGUCAACAAGACACAACUGGUCCUCCACCCUCUAAGAUCGUCAAGGCUACCGCCCAGUCUGGUGAUAUGGCAGGCAUGGAAGCCAAACUCCGAUCUACAAACCUGGGCCAGAGUAGUGCGGCUCAAGCCCGACAGGCCCACCGCCAGCCCCGGCAACAACCCCAAGCCCAAGGUUACGGCCAACACGAUGCAAAGGUCGCCGCCGCUGCCAAGUCUGCUAUCGGCCGUAAUUCCCAUCAGCCGUUCGAGCUUAGCUUGAACGGUGCCACAUUGCUAGAGAAACGUGGUCGUCGCAACCAGCCGCCAGUGAUCGAAGCAUAA